AUCCCGUCAUAAAAGCUUUAUGUAAUUAUGAGCUAAUGAAUGGGAAAGCGUGAAACUAAUGAAAUUCCUCUUGAUUCUCACCUCGAACUUUAGGCAUGAACGCAGCCUGUCUUCCUCGCACCAGCCAGCCAAGAAAGGCGCCUCCGACAAGACCACCAAUAAAAAUCCCCAAAUGAACUUCCGUAUGCCCGGAAGAAAGCGUCCACUGCGGCAUUUGCGAAUCUGCUCCGUUGAAGUUGCCCAAAGUUUUUGCGUUUGUGAGCAAAGCGAUACGCGAUAACGCUGCGUAUUGCUUACAAAUUUUUAAGCGUCCAAAGACCAAAGUGAAGAAUUUUUAAAAGUUUCGUUCGUUUUCACGUACUACCGAUUUAUGAUUUUAUCGUAGCACUACUGUACUGCCAUGAACGUGCUACUGGCGGGUGCCUCGUUCGCUUCAUAGUAUUCGGUACGGACGCUCACGUUUGGCAGUGACGUAUAUAACGUAAAUCGCGAAUCGCGAUGACGAAUUACUGCAAAAACACUUUAAAAAUUCACAAAUAAUCGUUUCAAGUUUUAUUUUUAAAUAUUUAACUAGCUGUCUUUGCAGUGCAUAUCUUAUUAUUGUUUCAUAGUUUGGAUUUAACAUGCUUAUUGUCGUAACGUUGUUACAGCAUGAGUACUAAUGCAACUGGCGACAGUUGUUGCGGUUUUAUUGCGACUCACAGAAUUCUCGAAAGAAGAACCUGACUCUUUUUGUAUGGGGUUCGUUUCACGUACUGCUUAAAGUUAUGUCCGCACUUCGAAAAGCUUUAUUUUUCCCAACGAUUCUGUACAACAUUGUCGCGGAUAGCAUCACAUCCCGCACCUGGUACAACCGGAUCGAUAGACACCUGGUUCUGGGCGCAAUACCCUUUCGCAGCGUCUUGGAAGACCUGGCACCUACGGAGAAGAUAAAGGGAAUGAUCUCCAUGAACGAAGACUUUGAACUCAAUCCGCGCUGGUAUCCGACCUCAAGCGAACUGCAGCAGUUGGGUAUCGAAUUUCUGCGACUGCCUGUCAGCGAUUACACUGGAACACCUACUCGCGAACAAAUUCUGCAGGGGCUGCAUUUCAUAGACCAGGUAAUCAAGCGCGAUAGCGAAGCCAGCAUUUACAUUCACUGCAAAGCGGGACGAUCGAGGAGUGCCUAUUUGGCUGCAGCCUACCUGAUGGCCAAGCAGCAAAAAAAAGCGGAUGAAGUAAUAAGUUUUCUCAAAGAAAAGCGACCACAGAUUUGGAUUGGAUCCCAGCAGACGAAAAGUCUCGAAGAGUACUAUGAAGAAGCUGUUGCGCAACCGAAGUGAACGAGACAUGAUGCACGGAAUGCUGAAUGGGAACUAAAGCAAUAUCCCAUUUCCCGUUUCCGUUACUGGUUCACCGGUUAGUCGAGUGUCUUAGAUUCGGUGUACUGCGGCAAUGUACGGAUGGUGAGCUUUGCUGUGAUAAGAUCAUUAAAAUUCAUGUAAUGUUGUCGUGAAAUAUUUUUAAUGUUGUUUUAUUUUGCGUAUGAAUGUUUGUUUGAUGCUUGACUAUUAACGCGAUAUGAUACUUACUUGUUUUUACCAUUAUGUCGUACGUAUGGCUGGUACGAUAAAUCCUCAUCGUUAUGA